UUUGUUGUACCUUUCGCAUGCCUAGUUUUUGAAAUCUUUAAUCUGACUCUUUCUCGUCUUGACUGCUGAAACACGGGAAUUUCUCAACUGUGGGAUCAAUAAAGGUCUAUUUUAUCUUAUUCAAAGAAACUAAAAUGGCGCCGUUGCUUGGAGACAACAAACCAAACAGCGGCCGUCUCCCAGUGUCUUAGCCCGUAAACCAGCCGCUGUCUCCCGGUGUCUUAGCCCGUAAACCAGGCGCUGUCUCCCGGUGUCUUAGCCCGUAAACCAGCCGCUGUCUCCCGGUGUCUUAGUCCGUAAACUAGCGGCCGUCGGUGUCUUACCCAGCCGCUGUCUCCCGGUGUCCUAGUCCGUAAACCAGCGGCCGUCUCCCGGUGUCUGAGUCCUGACUGACCGGAUGGAGAUCGUCCAUGUGUACACGAAGCUCCGAGGUGAGUUCGGCCGACAGUGUCUCUUCUCAGACCGGCCUGCGGAGCUGCUGGUGGACGUCCCUCCGGACCCGAGUCUGACUCCGCUGUUCAUCCAGAAGAACCCCCGAGACCAGGCGCUGCAGGCCGGCCAGGACAUGUCGGAGCACACGGUGAACACAGAGCGCUUUGAGUAUGACAGCUGUGGGAUCAACCAUGUGGAGGGGGGGUGGCCCAAAGACGUGAACCCUCAGGAGAUGGAACAGACCAUCCGCUUCAGGAAGAAGGUGGAAAAGGACGAGAGCUACGUCAACAGCGUCCUGCAGCUGGGCAGCGUCAUGGAGCACUGCAUCAGACAGAACAACGCCGUGGACAUCUACCAGGAGUACUUUGAGGACGAGGACGAGGUGGAGGACAACCAGGAGCCACCAUCCGCCAAGACCAUCAGCGUCUUCAGAGAUCCUAAUGAGGUGAAGCGGACCGUCACUGGCUUGUCGUGGCACCCUGACGGCGGCAGGAAGUUGGCGGCAGCCUACUCCUGCCUCGAGUUCCAGAAAACGUCCAAAGACCUGAGCCUGGACUCAUACAUCUGGGACAUCGAGAACCCGAACAGACCCGAGAUGUCUCUGAAGCCAGUGUCCCCGCUCGUCUGUCUCGACUACAACCCCAAAGACUCCCACACACUGGUGGGAGGCAGCUACAAUGGACAGAUCGCGUACUGGGACACCCGGAGAGGAAGUCAGCCAGUGGAGACAUCCUCUGUGGAGAUGAGUCACCGAGACCCUGUCUACAAGAUCAUCUGGCUGCAGUCCAAAACCGGGACGGACACCUUUUCUACCUCCACCGACGGACAGGUUCUGUGGUGGGACGUCCGCCGGCUGACUGAACCCACAGAGCGUCUGGUUGUGGACCUGAGCAGGGACGGGAACCUGGACCGAGCUCUUGGAGCCGUGUCUCUGGAGUUUGAGUCCACCAUGCCCACUAAGUUCAUGGUGGGGACGGAGCAGGGCGUGGUGGUAUCCUGUAACAGGAAGGCGAAGACGCCGGCAGAGAAGAUCGUCUCCACAUACGAUGGACAUCAUGGACCCGUCUACGCUCUGCAGAGGAACCCAUUCUUCCCCAAGAACUUCCUGACGGUGGGGGACUGGACAGCCCGCAUCUGGUCUGAGGACAUCAAGGAGUCAUCCAUCAUGUGGACCAAGUACCAGAUGUCCUACCUGAUGGACGCCUGCUGGAGUCCCGUCAGACCAUCCGUCUUCUUCACCGUCAAGAUGGAUGGCGUGUUGGAUGUCUGGGACAUCCUGUUCAAACAGAACGACCCCACGCUGAGUCUCAAGGUGUGUGACGAGGCCCUGUACAGUCUCCGUCUCCAGGACAAUGGGCGGUUAGUGGCAUGUGGCUCUCAGCAGGGAGGAGCCACGCUGUUGGAGGUGUGCAGUGGACUGUCCACACUGCAGAGGAAUGAGAAGAGUCUCCUGGCCGCCAUGUUCGAGCGCGAGACGAAGCGGGAGAAGAUCCUGGAGGCGCGUCAGAGGGAGAUCCGCUUGAAGGAACGCAGCCGGUCGGAGCAGAGCCGAGAGGACGACGGGGGGCGGGAGGACGGAGACGACAGUCCGGAUCAGCUGAUCGCCAGAGCCGAGGACGAGUUCUAUGCCGUCACGGAGGCAGAGCUAAGGAGGAGGAGGGACAGGGAGGAGCUAAAGAACCGGGAGAAAGACGUCUGUGAAGAAAAGGAAGUGACAGAAGAACGUGGUGGAACGUCACCGUGAAGGAGAAGAACGUUUGUUCUGAUGACAUCUUCGCUGUCACUGUGUCACUGUCAAUAUGUUAGUUUAAUGUGUUACCGUGUUAACAUUAGCUCAAGAUUCAUGGUCAUGUUAGUUCAAUCAAUCAAUCAAUCAAUCCAUCAAUCAAUCAAUUUUAUUUAUAAAGCCCAAUAUCACAAAUCACA